CGCGGCUCCGGCGAUCGGCGGCGGCUGUGCGCUCGCGGCGGCGCGGGGCGUGGAGCCGGGUCUGUGCCGCGGGGUCUGUGGAAUGAUUCUAGAUGUUUUGGAUACAGCAUUGAAGAAAAGAAACUUCUUGCUAUCAUGGUACUUACAUUGUUGUGGGCCAGAUAAUAAAUGAGCUCCCCCUUUGCAGGCCCUGUGAAAUCCCAGAAAGAAGAGGAAAUGACUGAUAUCCAGGAAAUGGUGACAUUCAAAGAUGUGGCUAUUGACUUCACCCAGGAAGAGUGGCAGCAACUGGAUCCUGCUCAAAGGAACCUGUAUCGAAAUGUGAUGCUAGAGAACUAUAACAACUUAAUUACAGUGGGGUAUCCAUUCACCAAGCCUGAUGUGAUUUUCAAGUUGGAGCAAGAAGAAGAACCAUGGGUGUCUGAGGAAAAAGUGUUAAGGAGACACUGUCCAGAAAUAUGGGUUACUGAUGAGCAUGAAAAAGUCCAGGACAGACUUUUGAUGCAGCUUGAAGAUAAAUUCACAAAAACAUGGACUGAAGAAAAAGUCAAUGAGUGUCAUAAGAAAUUUACAAAUGUAUUUUCUUCAAACUCAGACAUUUUCCCUUCCAGUCACAAUAUGUAUGAAUAUGACUUAUUUGGACAAUGUUUAGGGCAUAAUUUUGAUUAUCAUAAUAAUGAAAGACUUCUUAUAAGAAAGGAAAAUUGUGGCUACAAUGAACCUGUGAAAUCAUUUGGCAGUAGUUCAUCCCAUCUUGUAGUAACUCCCUUUAGGUGUAAUCAUUGUGGGAAAGGAUUCAGUCAAACAUUGGACCUCAUAAGACACCUAAGAAUUCAUACUGGAGAGAAACCUUAUGAAUGUAAAAAGUGUAGGAAAGCCUUUAGCCAUAAGGAGAAACUUAUUAAACAUAAUAACAUUCACAAUAGGGAGCAAUCUUAUGAAUGUAAUGAGUGUGGAAAAACUUUUAUUAAAAUGUCAAAUCUCAUUAGACAUCAAAGAAUCCAUACUGGAGAGAAACCCUAUGCAUGUAAAGAAUGUGGGAAAUCCUUCAGUCAGAAAUCUAAUCUCAUUGAUCAUGAAAAAAUUCAUACUGGAGAAAAACCUUAUGAAUGUAAUGAAUGUGGGAAAGCAUUCAGUCAGAAACAAAGUCUCAUUGCACAUCAGAAAGUUCACACUGGGGAGAAGCCUUAUGCAUGUAAUGAAUGUGGUAAAGCCUUCCCUCGAAUUGCAUCCCUUGCUCUUCAUAUGAGAAGUCAUACGGGAGAAAAACCUUAUAAAUGUGAUAAAUGUGGAAAAGCCUUCUCUCAGUUUUCCAUGCUUAUUAUACAUGUGAGAAUUCAUACAGGUGAGAAACCCUAUGAAUGUAAUGAAUGUGGAAAAUCUUUCUCUCAAAGCUCAGCCCUAACUGUACAUAUGAGAAGUCACACUGGUGAGAAACCUUAUGAAUGUAAGGAAUGUAGGAAAGCCUUCAGCCACAAAAAAAACUUUAUUACACAUCAGAAGAUUCAUACUAGAGAAAAACCUUAUGAAUGUAAUGAAUGUGGAAAAGCUUUCAUUCAGAUGUCAAAUCUCGUUCGACACCAGAGAAUCCAUACUGGAGAAAAACCUUAUAUAUGUAAGGAAUGUGGCAAAGCCUUUAGCCAGAAAUCAAAUCUCAUUGCUCAUGAAAAAAUUCACUCUGGGGAGAAACCCUAUGAAUGUAAUGAAUGUGGUAAAGCCUUCAGCCAAAAGCAAAACUUUAUUACACACCAGAAAGUUCACACUGGAGAGAAACCUUACGAUUGUAAUGAAUGUGGUAAAGCCUUCUCUCAAAUUGCAUCCCUUACUCUUCAUUUGAGAAGUCACACAGGAGAAAAGCCUUAUGAAUGUGAUAAGUGUGGAAAAGCCUUCUCUCAGUGCUCACUGCUUAAUUUACAUAUGAGAAGUCAUACAGGUGAGAAGCCCUAUGUAUGUAAUGAAUGUGGGAAAGCCUUCUCUCAAAGAACUUCCCUUAUUGUGCAUAUGAGAGGUCACACAGGUGAGAAGCCCUAUGAAUGUAAUAAAUGUGGGAAAGCCUUCUCCCAGAGCUCCUCACUAACUAUACAUAUACGUGGUCACACAGGUGAGAAACCCUUUGACUGCAGUAAAUGUGGAAAAGCCUUCUCUCAAAUCUCAUCUCUUACACUUCACAUGAGAAAACAUACAGGUGAGAAGCCUUAUCACUGUAUUGAGUGUGGCAAAGCAUUCAGCCAAAAGUCACACCUUGUUAGACACCAGAGAAUCCAUACUCAUUAGAUGUAACUACAGUGAAUAUGGAAAAGCCUUCAGAAGGAAGCUGCACAUCACUGCACAAUGUAUCAUCAGUUCUAAAGCAGAAAACAAUGUAGUAAAAGUACUUUGAAGAAGCCACAUCUAUAAAAUAUGGGGAUUCUUAUCAAGGUGACAAAUUGUAUGAUGAGAAGCUGAUCAAAAAGGUUUAGCAAGACAUCUUACCUGUUAAUAUUUAGUCAGUGGUCUCAUUAAAAUAUGGUCUCUGCUAUCAGCAUAUCACCAUGAUCCUGGGCUCCUACCAAUACUAUAAGCAAGAAAUACUGCAAAGAAAAGAGAAACUUCAGCCUUUUAUAAAAAAAAUCAUUAAAAAUGUAUUGAUAUAUCUAAGGAUAAGCACAACAAUGAAUUACAAGACAAGUAUAUAGAGAUAUAAGAACAUACUGAACAUAUUGAUGAGCACAAAACACCUGAAAAUUUGAGGAAAAAAUAUAUUGAAGACUUGACAUUGUAAAAAUACGUAAAUUCUCUCCCAAAUAUCUAAAAGUACUUCCAAUUCAGAGUUUUCAGCAGUUACAUUUUUAGGAAUUUCACAAACUGAUUUAAACUUUUAGUGGAAUGUAAAGGACCACAGGUAGCUGUGUCAAAUGUGAUAAGAGAAAUAUUGAAGACAUGGUCUUCUAAAUGUAAUUAUAGACUUUAAAGCUGGUAUCACUUAAGCAAUGUGUUCUUACCAAAAUAAUUGCGUGGAAACAAAUUGAGGACUGAUACAAAAAUCCAAAGAGAUGUGGGAAUUUCUCUAUGUGUAUGACAGUGCUGUUGAAAUCAUUGGAGAAAUUAUAGCCUAUGCAAUAAAUGGAAGGUUCAUAUGAACAAGGUUCUCUAUCAUUUCAAAAAAUAAAAUCCAAAUAGAUUGAAGGUCAGAAUGUAAAAAUUCUGAAACUAUAAUGAAAAUAAAAAAUAUGCCAUUAGAAAAACAGGAUUUCUUUUAGAACACAUAAACAUGGUACUAUCAAUUCUAUUUUGGUGUUUUGGCCUCAGAGGUGCCCAGCAUAUAGACAGAGAAAGAUCUGUAUCUCAUUUUGUUCACUGAAUCAUGGUGUGUAUUAACUCAAAAUUGGACAUAACAAAUUUCCAUCAGUAGAGGGUAAAGCAACACAAUUUGAUUAUUUCUAUGCAAUUCAUUGUUUAGCAGGACAAUACAAAUUUGUUCCACAUAAAGCUACAUGGGUAGAUCACAUUGUAUGAUAUUAAGAGAAUAAAGCAAAAUGCACAUGAAACUACAUUUUUUAUAAAUAAUAGUGCAAAAAAACUGCACUUUUAAUCAUGAAUUCACGUUAUGACAUUGGUUGCCUUUUAGGAAGUGGGAGGGUUUUGGAGAGGGAAUUGUUAUACUUGUAAUAUUUCCUUAAUAAAAAAAUGAAAGCCAAUAAGACAGUGGUGACGAAUUUGGUUGUCAAAAGAAUUUUUUUAUUAUUGUUUACCUUUAGUUUCCAGUUUCUCUGAAAUAUGAACCAUGAGUGAUUUUAUUUAAUCUUCCUUUUUGCAGUUAGUCACCAUCUUUAAAUGCUACUUUCUAGAUGGGAAUGGAAUGUCAUUGGCGCCUAGGUAACAUGGGAGAAGGUGAAGUGUUGAGGUUGAGAAGUUCAACCUCAAAUUACCUAGUUCCACCUUGCUGCUGCUGGUUGGGUAUGGAAGUUCAUCCUGGCCCAAACUCCUCAUCAUGGGGUGGACUGGGGCUGGUUCCCCCAGAAGUGCUUUUGCACCAAGACAGAGCUUCGAGGCACUAAGUCAGAGGUGGAAAGAAACCAGCUCUAUAAGGGGGAAGGAAGGGCUUUCUGUGCUCAGCACCCAUCAGCAGCCCCAAGGAGGCGCUCUAGUGACUCUCAUCCAAGGGACCAAAGAAUCACAGCAGUCCACUGUUCACAUUAAUUUUGGCAGCUCUUUGCAUAUAACCACACUGAGAGGCUGGAAAAUAAGCCUUGGGAUAAUCAGGGUUUUUGCUGUUGUCUCACACCAGGCAAAGCAGGCCUAAAGAAACCGUAAUGAAAAUGUAUAGUCUCUUGAAGAGGCCGAACUGUCUCCCAGCUAGUAAGGGAUCCCUUAAGGAAGGACAACCCAUGAUUCCUUCAAGAGAAGCAACAUCACUGGCCAACAAGCACGUGAAAAAACCCUUAGCAUUACUAGUCCUUGGGAAAAUGUAAAUCAAAAUUACAUGAGAUACCACAGCUGGGGAUGGCUAUAAUCUUAAAAAGGUAAGUGUUAAUGAGGAUGUGGAGAAAACUUGUAUAUUGCCUGUGGUAGUGGGAAAUGUUUCAGUUUGGCAGUUCUUUAAAAAGCUUGCAUAGAAUUACCAUAUAAUGCAACACUUAUAUUCCUGCAUGUAUAUAUACCCCCAGAGAGUUGAAGCCAAGGGCAUGUUACACACGAAUUCUUAGCACUAGUCACAGAAGCCAAGGUUUCUGUACUCUCCAGAUGGCCAUCAACAGAUAACAGAUAAACUGUGAUAUGUGCACACAAGCUGAAAUAUUAUCCAAUGACAAGACAGAAUGAAGGACAAAUAAUGUUUAUAUGACAUGAUGGACCUUCAAACAUGCUCAAGAUGCCAGAUUUAAAAAAAAAAAAAAGAUCACCUAUUGUAUGAUUGAUUUUAUAUUAAAUAUCCAAAAGAGAUGAAGCCUUAGUAGUGAUGGAACACAAAUUAGUGGUUGCUAGGCAUGGAGGGGAGGGAAGAAAUGGAGAGAAAACAACAGGUAAGGGAUUCUACUCAGUUUAAACAGCAGAGAUUUCCAGACUGAAUUUUUAAAACAAUAUCCAAUUUUAUGCUGCUUACAAGAAACUGAUUUUAAAUAGAAAGAUUUUACUAACAAUUAAAAGAAUGUUAAAGUACAUGUAUUAAUAUCAGGCAAAAUAGACUUCUGAGCAAAAAAUAUAUUCAUAGGACCUCCCUGAUUUCAGUACUAUUACCUCAGUAGCCUGAGUUUAUCCCAGGCCAGGGAGGUCACACACAGAGCACAGCAGACCUCUCCUGUUUCA